AUGUCCGCCAAAGUGUUCAGCCUCAAAGUCACAAAGAAUUCUUCUCUCGUCCAAUUUCUCAUUUCCUAUGCCAAAAACUCCUCCGAAGCAACAAAUGCGAAGGAGAAUGACUUAAGAAGAAAAUCCUUCCUGCUCAUUCACCGAGUGCUGAGUGAAAUGAAGCCUACCUCUCAAUUCUUGUUGGAGUGGGCAUUUCUCGCAGAUCUGAGCCGCGUCUACGCGAAGAGCACGGUCUUGCCCAAGUUGCUUGUCGACGUAUGGAGGCAAGAAGCCUUGGACGAGCGGCCUUCCAUGCGGACCCAUAAAGCCAAUUUGAUCCUAGAACUGGAACAGAUCCUUACGAGCGGCGACUCGGAGGAGCUUCUAGCCUUAGUGGUCGCUUUAUUGAGAACGUGCUACCACUACGGUCAAUUCUUGAUGCUCGGGGCUGAUCUCAUCGAUGCCCUUUCGACCGCGUACCAGACCUCAAAAGCCAAGAUUGCAAAACACAAGAUCGUAGUCGUAACAUACUUCUGUCUUUUGAGCCUCAUGGAGCCCGGCCAACCUCGAACAUCUACCCUACUGGAUCACAUGUACGGUCUGAAGGCCACAUCAAGCGACGACUCCCUGCUCAAAGCAGUGGUUGGAUCUACGCCCCUCCUGCAGAAAAUCCGGACUCGGAUCGCAGGCCCAGAGGCUACGAGGGCGAAAUCCCUCAUCGAAUCACUGAAAGCUUUCGAGAAGUCGCCUGACGGCCGGCCCAAGAAGCCCGUCAGGAGGAAGAACGACAAAGGCAAACGGAAAGAUCGCGACCGGUACGGCCACGACUCAACGGGCGGGAUCCAUGUCCACAAAUUGAGCCUCGUGGCUCAAGUCCAGGAUCUCUUCCCCGAUCUGGGUUCGGCAUUCGUCGUCAAGCUCCUCGACGAAUACGACGACGACACUGAACAAGCCACCGCUCACCUCCUCGACGACACUCUACCGCAGCAUCUGAACGCACGAGACCGAACCGAAACCCUCCCCGAGGGGACUCCUCCCCGACCCCACGACCUCGCACCGGGCCUCGAACCCCACCCGACCCCGCCGCCCCCCCCGAUCCGACGCAACAUCCACGACGACGACUCCUUCGACCGCCUCGCCAUCGACGCCUCCCGACUCGCCCUGGGGCGCCGAAACGCCGACCUGACGGCCGACCGCCUCCUCUCCGCCCCGCGCCCCUCGGGCCAAAAAGCCGCCAUCCUCGCCGCGCUCGCCGCCUUCGACUCCGACGACGACGAGCGCGACGACACGUACGACGUCGGCGACGUCGGCGGCACCGUCGACGCCACCACCGCCGACGACGACGACGACGCCGGCGGGCGUCGGGAGGAGGCGCACGAGGAGGCGCUGUUCCACGCCUACCGGACGGGGCCCGAGGCCUUCCGUCGCGGCGCCGACGCGCGGAGGGGGGAGCACCGGGCCGCGCUGAAGAGCGAGACGGGCAUGACGGACGAAGCGAUCGAGGGGUGGGGGAUCAUGGCCGGCAGGGAUCCGAGGAGGCUCCAGAGGUUGGAGCGGAAGUACGAGAUGGGCGGAGGUGGGGCCGGGCGAACGCAGUUGGGACGAUCGUCUUGGACGGCUGACGGGACGGGGGAUGGCGACGGGGGCGGCGGUGCCCGAGGUGGGAGGGGGGGGAGGGGAAGGGGCCGUGGGGGUGCGAGCGUGGCGGGACCGUCGGAUGAUCAAGAUACGCAGGCGGCGAGACAGAGGAAGGAUGCGAACAAAGGGUCGCGAGCUAAUCACAACCGGCGGGAUCAGCGCGCGAGGAAGAUGGCAAGGGGUGGAUUGAUGGGAUAG